GCGUCCGCCUGCGGGGACCUGCUGCAGGCUGGUCUACCCUCCGAGGAGGGUCGCGCCUGCCGCCGGGCGGGACGGGCUUUCACCCUCGCGCUGCGCGCACGCCCACCCCUCUCCUCUCUUUCUAGGCACCGCGCGUCUUUUCUCUUUUUUUCGGGCGAAGUAACUUUUGCAUUCCCGCCUCCCCCGAGUCCUGUCGACCAGAGGCGGCGCCCAGCCUGGGGGCGGUUCUUUGGCAUCGUCGGUCCUUGUCAGAGCCAGACUUUUGCUCCUGGGCUGGGUUUGCAUCAUCCCCAUCACACCCUCCGGAGGAGAGGAGCCGGCCCCUUUCGGCCUCAGCUUCCGGCUGGGCGCAGACCCCCCUCCGGCUCCCAGGCCCCUUCCCCUGCUGCGUUCCCCCCUCCCGCCGCCGCCUUUAACGAAGUCCUCGCUCCCCCCACUCCGCAAUAUUUUCUUUCGCUCGCCCUCCUCGCCUCCUCCAUUCGUUGUCUCACGUUUCCCACUCUUUGAGGAAGGAUGGUUGAUCUGGAGAGCGAAGUGCCCCCUCUGCCUCCCAGGUACAGGUUUCGGGAUUUGCUGCUCGGGGACCAAGGAUGGCAGAACGACGACAGGGUGCAAGUUGAAUUUUAUAUGAAUGAAAACACAUUUAAAGAGAGACUAAAGUUAUUUUUUAUCAAAAACCAGAGAUCAAGUCUAAGAAUACGUCUGUUCAAUUUUUCUCUCAAAUUAUUAAGCUGCUUAUUAUACAUAAUCCGAGUGCUACUAGAAAACCCUUCACAAGGAAAUGAAUGGUCUCAUAUCUUUUGGGUGAACAGAAGUCUACCUUUAUGGGGCUUACAGGUUUUAGUGGCAUUGAUAAGUCUCUUUGAAACAAUACUGCUUGGUUAUCUCAGUUAUAAGGGAAACAUCUGGGAACAGAUUUUACGAAUACCCUUCAUCUUGGAAAUAAUUAAUGCAGUUCCCUUCAUUAUCUCAAUAUUCUGGCCUUCCUUAAGAAAUCUAUUUGUCCCAGUUUUUCUAAACUGUUGGCUUGCCAAACAUGCCUUGGAAAAUAUGAUUAAUGAUCUACACAGAGCCAUUCAACGUACACAGUCUGCAAUGUUUAAUCAAGUUUUGAUUUUAAUAUCUACAUUACUAUGCCUUAUCUUCACCUGCAUCUGUGGAAUCCAACAUCUGGAACGGAUAGGAAAGAAGCUGAAUCUCUUCGACUCCCUUUAUUUCUGCAUCGUGACAUUUUCUACUGUGGGCUUUGGGGAUGUCACUCCAGAAACGUGGUCGUCCAAGCUUUUUGUGGUUGCCAUGAUCUGUGUUGCUCUUGUGGUUCUCCCUAUCCAGUUUGAACAGCUGGCCUAUUUGUGGAUGGAGAGACAAAAGUCAGGUGGAAACUAUAGUCGACACAGAGCUCAAACUGAAAAGCAUGUUGUUCUAUGUGUCAGCUCACUCAAGAUUGAUUUACUCAUGGACUUUUUAAAUGAAUUCUAUGCACAUCCAAGACUCCAGGAUUAUUAUGUGGUGAUUUUGUGUCCUACUGAAAUGGAUGUGCAGGUCCGAAGGAUCCUCCAGAUUCCAAUGUGGUCACAAAGAGUUAUCUACCUUCAAGGUUCGGCCCUUAAAGACCAGGAUCUGUUGAGAGCAAAGAUGGAUGAUGCUGAGGCCUGUUUUAUUCUGAGCAGCCGUUGUGAAGUGGACAGGACAUCAUCUGAUCACCAAACAAUUUUAAGAGCAUGGGCUGUAAAAGAUUUUGCUCCAAAUUGCCCUUUGUAUGUCCAGAUCUUAAAGCCUGAAAAUAAAUUUCAUAUCAAAUUUGCUGAUCAUGUUGUUUGUGAAGAAGAGUUUAAAUACGCCAUGUUAGCUUUAAACUGUAUAUGCCCAGCAACAUCUACACUUAUUACACUACUGGUUCAUACCUCUAGAGGGCAAGAAGGCCAGCAGUCGCCAGAACAGUGGCAGAAGGUGUACGGCAGAUGCUCUGGGAAUGAAGUGUACCACAUUGUUCUGGAAGAAAGCACAUUUUUUGCUGAAUAUGAAGGAAAGAGCUUCACAUAUGCUUCUUUCCAUGCGCACAAAAAGUUUGGUGUCUGCUUGAUUGGUAUUAGGAGGGAAGAUAAUAAAAACAUUUUGCUGAAUCCAGGUCCUCGAUAUAUUAUGAAUGCCACAGAUACAUGUUUUUAUAUUAAUAUUACCAAAGAAGAGAAUUCAGCAUUUAAAAACCACGACCAUCAGAAAAAAAGCAAUGUACCAAGGUCAUUUUAUCACGGACCGUCUAGAUUGCCUGUACAUAGCAUAAUUGCCAGCAUGGGUACUGUGGCCAUAGACUUGCAAGACACAAGCUGCAGAUCUGCAAGUGGCCCUACCCUGUCUCUUCCUACAGAAGGAAGUAAAGAAGUCAGAAGACCCAGCAUUGCUCCCGUUUUAGAGGUUGCAGACACAUCAUCAAUUCAAACAUGUGAGCUUCUAAGUGACCAAUCAGAAGAUGAAACUACACCAGAUGAAGAAAUGUCCUCGAACUUGGAAUACGCUAAAGGCUACCCACCUUACUCUCCAUACAUAGGAAGUUCACCCACUUUUUGUCAUCUCCUUCAUGAAAAAGUACCAUUUUGCUGCUUAAGACUAGACAAGAGUUGCCAGCAUAACUACUAUGAGGACGCAAAAGCCUAUGGAUUCAAAAAUAAGCUAAUUAUAGUUGCAGCUGAAACAGCUGGAAAUGGAUUGUAUAAUUUUAUUGUUCCUCUCAGGGCUUAUUAUAGACCAAAGAAAGAACUUAACCCCGUAAUACUGCUAUUGGAUAACCCGCCAGACAUGCACUUUCUGGAUGCCAUCUGUUGGUUUCCAAUGGUUUACUACAUGGUGGGCUCUAUUGACAACCUAGAUGAUUUACUCAGGUGUGGAGUGACUUUUGCUGCCAACAUGGUGGUCGUGGACAAAGAAAGCACCAUGAGCGCCGAGGAAGACUAUAUGGCGGAUGCCAAAACCAUCGUCAAUGUGCAGACUCUGUUCAGGUUGUUUUCCAGUCUCAGUAUUAUCACAGAGCUCACCCACCCAGCCAACAUGAGAUUCAUGCAAUUCAGAGCCAAAGACUGUUACUCUCUUGCUCUUUCAAAGCUGGAAAAGAAAGAAAGAGAACGAGGUUCUAACUUGGCCUUCAUAUUCCGACUGCCUUUUGCUGCUGGGAGGGUGUUCAGUAUCAGCAUGUUGGACACACUUCUCUAUCAGUCAUUUGUGAAGGACUAUAUGAUUUCUAUUACCAGACUUCUGUUGGGAUUGGAUACUACACCAGGAUCGGGGUUUCUUUGCUCUAUGAAGAUCACGGAGGAUGACUUAUGGAUCAGGACUUAUGCCAGACUUUAUCAGAAGUUAUGUUCUUCUACUGGAGACGUUCCCAUUGGGAUCUACAGGACAGAAUCUCAAAAGCUUACUACAUCUGAGUGUCGAGAAAUAGCAUCACAAUCUCAGAUAUCCAUCAGUGUAGAAGAGUGGGAAGACACCAAAGAUGCUAAAGAGCAAGGUCACCACCGAAGUAACCACCGCAACUCCACAUCCAGCGACCAGUCGGACCACCCGCUGCUGAGGAGGAAGAGCAUGCAAUGGGCCCGCAGGCUGAGCAGGAAAGGCCCCAAACAUUCCAGUAGAACCGCGGAGAAAAUGACCCAGCAGCGCCUGAACCUCUACAGGAGGUCAGAAAGACAAGAGCUUGCUGAACUUGUGAAAAAUAGAAUGAAACACUUGGGUCUUUCUACAGUGGGAUAUGAUGAAAUGAAUGAUCAUCAAAAUACCCUCUCCUACAUCCUGAUAAACCCAUCUCCAGACACCAGACUGGAGCUGAAUGAUGUUGUAUACUUAAUCCGACCGGAUCCACUGGCUUACCUACCCAACAGUGAACCCAGUCGAAAAAACAGCAUCUGCAACACCAUGAUUCAGGACUCCCGAGAGGAAACUCAGCUUUGAUAAAAAGAAAAUAAUAAACUGGUUUUUGUUUUUUUUUUUCCCUCCAAGGAUGUUGCUUGAAACAACUUUAGAUCUUAGGAAAGAAAAAGCAUUGCUGGCAUGAAAUAAACUAGAUUGGAAUAUAUCCACUUCUUUCAUAUUAAAAAAAAAAAAUCUAUUCUCCUGGAAGUAUAGAGUAUUUUGAAACUUGAAGUACUGCUUGUUGGUACUCCUCCUAUUAAUAUUUGAAAGACAUCAAUGGAAUGGUUUUGAAAAUCUAAGUCAAAACACAAAUUUAAACCUGAUGUUUCUUUGUUUGUCAAUGAUGCAAACUGUAGAAGCCAAUUUUUUUAAAAAAGUAUUGAGGCUUUAUGAAAGUAAACUAGAAAUCUAUAUUUGGUGCAUCCCAAUGGACAUAGAAGAUGAUUGCUCCUCCUAAAAUUAAAUGUGUCCUAUUCCAUUGCUUUUCCAUAAAAACAGCUCAUCAUACUGUGUCUAGUCUUCUCUACACAGAUAAACACAUUCACGUGGCUGACUUCUGUGUAAGAAUCAUAGUUUGCUUUAGAAUAUGAAUCCCUCAGUCAUUUUAACCUUUUUGUUGCCUUUUCAUAUGAUAUGAUAUCCAUUUUAGAAUUUGCCAUGAUGAUAGCAUGUUUUAUUACUCUGAAGAAAUCAAAACAAAAAUAAAUAUUGACUAUAUGAAAUUUUCCCUAACUUUAUGUUUGACACACAUUGUAUGCCAAGAAAAGUAUAAAAGCAAAUACUUAUUGUUCUCCUAACAUAUUGUUCUCCUAAGAGAAUACCUAACAUAGGGAAAAUACUUGAAACACAUUUGUCGACUUAAAUUUACUCCAAGAAUUGAAACUGAAAUAUUAAGUAAUGAUUUUCAUUAAAAUCUUGAGCUUUAACAAUUUUUAUAUAUCUAUAUAGUAUAUUUCAUUAGAAGGAUACUUCAAAAGAAGCAUAAUUAUGCUUUUUAUAGAAUACAAAGAAUUUCAAAACAUUAGAAGUCCUCCUUUAUGCCUUUAGCAUUGAAGUAAUCAUACUCAAAAAAAUGCAAUAUCAAAAUUUUUAUCUAAUUUAACUGUACUUUGACAUUCUACAGAAAACAUACAAAUAAAAAUAGGUAGCUUGGGGGAAUUCCCUGGUGGUCUAGUGGUUAGGCCUCUGUGCUUUCACUGCCAAGGGCCUGGGUUCUAUUUCUGGUCAGAGAACUAAGAUACUGCAGGCCGUGUGGUGUGGCCAAAAAGCAAAGGUAGUUUUUGCCAUUUAAAUUUAAUGCAGACCACACAGAAUUUGACUGUCAUAAAAAAAAAAGUUCACCCUUGGUCACUCCAGUGCUCUUACCUGUAUUGCAUUAGUCCCCUUCAGAAACAGGUUGAAAAACACAAGGUAAUUGGAAUGUGCUGUCAUUCCCAUGAAAGAGAUACUGACAAAUUUUAAAAGAUAUUUUUGUUCCAAAUUUUUUUUCUGAAUUUUGCUUUGAAUUUUAAUUCAACAUAAAGUAGAACAUUUAAAAACUAGAAAGAGAUGUGGCAUCAUUUCUUUACACAAAAAGCAGGUAAAUUAAAAAGAAAACAGGAUUAAAGGUAACAAAUAAAAUCUAAUAUUCCUUCAUAAUUCUGUGAAUAUAAAAUAUAAAGUAUAAAAUGUGAAACUAUAGAUUACAGCUACUGUAUAAUUUGGCUUUGAGUAUAUGAAAUGCCUAUUGUUGUUUUUGUUUAGUAGUUUACAUUACUCUCAUUUUAGAACAACAUGAACACCAAGAAUUUCCCUUAAAAUAGGGAGACCCUAUAUUUAAUUCUCUUUAACCGAACAAGGAAAUAGAAACACAGCUUAAAACAAAGAUGGUAUGCUUGUACAUGUGUAUAUGUUAUAAACACAGGUGAAAUAUAUUUAACAAGCAUAUUCACAUAGAAAUUUUUCAAACUGAAGGCAGAAUUGAAUUAAUAUAUGUAAUGGAGAACAACAAUAAAUUUAAUGAACUUGUUUCAUAUUUCCACACUGAAAUUUAAGUAUGAUGUUUCUUUGAGUUGCCAUGUCUUUACCUAUUACAGUUGUGUUUAGGAAUAAAUGUAAGGUCUUAUGAAAUCUUCUAUUUCCUCCAAUAUCUCAAAUCGAGUAUUUUUGCAUUAUGACAGUUGCCAAGACUAGGAUUUUACGCUAUGUAGGACCUGACUAUAUUUCCUAUGAAAAUAAAAAAAAAUUGUUUCAUAAAUUUUAAAAUAAUUAUUUUUGACUAUGAACAUUAGUCCAAAUUUAAUAUUUAACACAAUUCAGAUCAGCUUGCUAUAAUGAUGAUAGUUUAUUAGUCUUUCUGUUAUUUAAAAAAUAAAAACACACUUAUAAAAGCCUUUUAACAAAUGGUUGCCUUUUUAAAUUACUUACACUUGCACAUGAAAAUAAAUAUUAAGUCAAUAUUAGUUCUUGUAACCCUAUGGGAUUUGGUUCUGUUUAUUGUCUAUGUACCAUUUUGCUACUAGUUACAUUGCUUUAAAAUAAAUAAUAAAAUUAUUUCUGAUGA